AGCAGUUGCUGCGCAGUUGACUUGCAGAUCGGACAGGUGCUUUUGCAGACGUCCAAAAUGAGCCAACCGAAUCUGGACGAAAAACGAUAUGAUCGCAGAGACACGACGCUCAAAUUUGUCAACAGGCCUGAUGCUCUGGACCCUCUGCCCCCUGAUGAAGAAGACGUAGGUCUCCGAGCAGAGAUGUCCUGCGGCCACGCCGUCACCCCGCAGUCCCUCACCGGCUGGUGCCGCAGCCUGCUGGACCAGGGUCAGUACAAAUUUAAAUGCCCCGCUCUAUUGGAAGGCACCCUGCAAAAGUGUGAUGCUUUGUGGUCUUAUCAAGAGGUUCGCAAGCUGGCAGUGCUGACAGUUGAAGAAAUGCAGCACUUUGAAGAGAACAUCGCUCAUAUAGCUGCUGCAGAGUACUGUGAUUUUAAAUCAUGUCCUGGUUGCAAAACCUACAUCGAGAGAGAAGACCUGAGUAAUCUGAACGUGGAGUGCAUCGUGUGCAAAGCAGAAAAGAAAGCUUACCAGUUCUGCUGGCAGUGUUUGAAGCCGUGGAAAGGUCCAGCUCCACGUUCUGAUCGCUGCGACAAUGACGACUGCGUCAACCAUGAGCUUGAACUCCUCAGGAUCUGCAAGAACACCUCCCUCACUCAGGUGCAAGGAGUCGAUAGCUGUCCGUCCAUCCGAGCCUGCCCCACCUGUGGUCAGAAGGUGGAGCACGACAAGACGGGCUGCAAGAACAUCCUCUGUCCUCGCUGCCAGGUGGAGUUCUGCUUUGUGUGUCUGAAACUCACUCCUGCAUGUCUGGAGACGAGUUCCUACUUCAUCCCCUGCAGUGAUGGAGUGGCUCCAAGACAAACAUCCAUACCUGUUUGGCUCAGACGCUGAACACACACCACAUCCUCACAAUGUUUGAAAGUUAACUGUAGAGUUCAAAAUGUUGCAUGCUUGUUCAUUCAUCUUCAUUAACAACAUUCAGCAAUGUGUUCUGCUUUCCUCUGUUGUCUUUUACAUUGUGUUUCGAUUUAAAUGAAGAAUUUGUAAGUAUAAGUCUAAUGAACAGUUUCAGUCAGAGAAUCUCAGA